GAUCCAUUCACAGGGCGGAAACGCGCAUCUCACGACCACGCUCCCACGCGCCACGCCCACAACUGAUCUCUAUCUCUCUGCAGCUAUAAGUGUCCCUCCCUCCCCCUGCAUUCGCCCCCCUGCUUCCGUCCCCCUGCUUCAUUCCACCGCACCAGAUUUCCUACAAUGGCCAAGGAAAGCAAGAACGGAGGACAGAACGCCCAAGGCCAAGGAGCGAACAACGAGGCAGUCCCCGACGCUGUUGUCCUGAAGAUUAACUUCAACUGCCAGGGUUGUAUUGACAAAGUGUUGAAAUGCGUUAAGCAAUUUAAAGGCGUGGAAUCAAUGACACCGGAGUUCGAGAAAAACAAGCUAACGGUGUUAGGCGAAGUGGAUCCAUUGAAGCUUCGGGAAGAAAUCAAGCGGAAGACGAAUAAGGACGCCGAGAUAAUCUCUUCGCCGCCAAAGAAAAAGAAAGACAACGGCGGGGGAGGCGAGAAGACCGCGGAUGAUAAAGAGGAUAAAAAGGCUGAAGAGAAAAAAGCCAAAGAGGCACAGGUGGAUUUGAAGAUGAAGAAGCGCUGCGCCUGCGAGGGUUGCGAAAAUGGUCUACGCGAAAGAAUUUCCAAGACUAGAGGCAAUCUGAAAUUGACCGCAGAGCCAUCUGAGGAUCUGAUUGCGUUGAAGGGGAAAAUGGACGCAAAGGCCUUGGACUCCCUGAAAGAGAAGCUGAAGAAAUACGUUACCAUAGAGCCGGAAACGAAAGACGGCGCCGGCGGCCGCGAGAAGAAGGGGAAAGGAGGAAGCGGCGACAGUAAGGAGAUUGCGAAGGCAGACGAGAACAACAAGAAGGAAGAGGAGGCUCCCAGGGGAAGGGUACAGACUGGAGUACUUGGUAUCCGCACCCAAUUUAUUAUUUUUAUUAUUAUUAUUAUUAGUUUCUGGAAAAUAACCUGGAUCGGGACAUGACUCAAUGUUAAAAAGAGAUCCAUCCAAUUUUCGGAACAUGAAGUUGGCUUUCCAUUACGCCGGGUUUUCUCUGUUUUCUCUGUUGGGGUUGUUAGAAUCAUAGUUGAAGUCGUCAAGUUCAUAAUAAAUCCUAUUAUUUAGGAUAUGAAGGUAGAGUCUGAUCAUUUCUUUAGUUAGUUACCACGUUAUUAGGAGCAAUAAAUCGUGGGUUAAUUGUUUCAAUUUUAUUUAUUUGUAAGGCUUAUAUAAGCCAACAAAUUAUUUUGAAUUGAAUAACAUUCAUUCAGCUA